AUGGGUGCUUCGAUUUCCAAAAUGAUGAACAAGAUCUUCGGAUCCAAGGAGAUGCGGCUGCUUAUGCUGGGCCUCGAUGCUGCCGGAAAGACGACAAUUCUGUACAAGCUCAAGCUCGACCAGGACGUGACCACGAUUCCUACCGUCGGCUUUAAUGUCGAGACCGUCACGUACAAGAACACCAAAUUCAACGUCUGGGAUGUCGGAGGUCAAGACAAGAUCAGGCCGCUAUGGAGACACUACUUCUCGGGGACCCAAGGGCUGAUCUUCGUUAUCGAUUCCAACGACCGUGACCGUAUCGAGGAGGCACGGACCGAACUUGCGCGCAUUAUCCAAGACCGGGAAAUGAGGGAUGCGCUGCUGCUAGUGUUCGCAAACAAGCAGGAUUUACAGGGUGCUAUGCGACCAAAGGAGGUAUCGGAUAAGCUCCAGCUCGAGAAAAUCGCAAAGGACCACGUAUGGAAAGUCGAGCCCAGCUGCGCAACCACAGGGGAGGGCAUCUUCGAGGGCCUGGCAUGGCUCUCGAACAACGUCAAGCUUCCCCCGAAAUAA